AGAACUCUAAAAAUGUUGGGCGUUUUCAGAGCAGGAUGGAAAGUGGUGUGAUCUCAACUGAGCCUGGAGAGGUUGUCUCUCUAACAAGUAAUCAAUCAUUCUAGUUUUUUCUUGCCAAGCCACUGUAUGGUAUUAGUUGAAUAGCUGUUGUCUUGUGUCAGAUUUAGUACAUCUUUUAGUCAUGAAGUAGCUAGCAUUUAUGCAUAUUGUACUGACUUCAUUAACACUUCUGCAUGAAAUGAAAAGGGUGUGACAGUUGACCCAGUAAUCACAGUGUCAGACUUGGAAUUCUGUUGUUGCCUGUCUUCUCACAUGACUCCUUUUUGCCUUGCUUCCACAUCUGCACAAAUAUGCGGACUUCCAUUGUAGGUGCAUUGUAUAAAUUUUGAUUUCAUAAAGUUUUGGAAGCAAAAUGAUGUCCAAAAUGGUGUUUGUGAAUACCAGUAUCUGCUUUUCUGAACUCAUAUAACCUCUAGCCUAUAAAUACAAGUGAUGAUUCCACAUUCUGUAGUGCAUCUGUGGACUAAGCUGGUAAAGUUGAUACUCUUAAUACAGAUAAAGUUUUAAAUAUAUCUCCCGUUGUUUGGAUGUGAAGGCCUUUCUAGAUCUUCAUUUUUUCAUCUAGUAACAUACAUUUUUACUUGCUUGAUUCUUCUCUUGUAGGAAUGUUGUAUUUUACUAGUAUUUUGGAACAGAGAGAAUAGAAUGCUAGCCCUGGCUCCUUUCUGCUUCCAGCUAGCGUGUCUAUUGUGACUGUUAGCACUUCUGAUUUCAGUAUUUGUGACAAGAUGAAUAACUGUAGGACCCUGUAUUUAUGAUGAGUCUGUUUUGUGAACACUUUAAUUUUUAUUUGUUGUGUGGUUUUUUGAUGUUUGUGUGUUCCCUGUUUUUUUUAAAAAAACUUUAUUGCAGUCAAAGACCAGCUCUAUUCAAUAAAUACAUAAAUUUAACAAAGAAGUGCUCCAUGUUACUUUAGUGCAGGAGUGCUCUUCUAGUAAUGCUGAAUGAUUAAAACCAGUCAAGCUGGUUUCCUUUCCCCAGAUAACAAGGUCAUACACUCCACUCUGCAGACCUGGAGUGUGCAUUGACUUUGAUAAGAAAAACAUUACACAGGUGUGCUCAUACUCAACUUCCCUCUCCCUAUCUACCUCCCAGCAGAGUUAGCUCUUUCAUUCCAUGAAAUGAUGGAAGUGGGAUGUUGUACUUCUGGUACUUGAUGCCCAGUAGUAUGAAUAUUGUGCUAAGGGAAAGAGCAGUGUUUUGUUGUUGGAGAAGGUACAUAUAUGGCAGAAAUAAUCUAUGGUUUUGGCUGAUGGGAUGCCAAAAUUUGCAGGAAUUUACAGAGAUAAAAUGCUACAGAAUGGAGGAAUAGUUUUGCUUGAUGGAUUCCUUUCCCCCAGUUGCAUACUUCUCAUUGGCUACAGAGAUCUGCUUUGUAGUCAAUGAGAAGUCAAUACUUUAACCUCACCUACACAAGAUUAAUUGGACUAGGAGUAAUCCAACCACUGUAUGAUUCCAGCUCUUUGAAUGGCAUUGUGAUAGGCUAUUGCUUUUAAAUCUAAAACCCAAGGGAAUAAAUUGUAACAUUAUUGCAUAAGUGUAAAAGGAAAGAAAUAUUUGGAUGUAUUAGACAUGAUGCUGCAGGGUAGAAAUUCUGGGUUUUUUAAAACAUUAGCUUAUAUAAUACAACCACUGCAGUUUGAAAUGGGGAUGGCUCAAGGGAGAGGAACUUCUUAACUUCUCCCCCCAGCUGUUUUUCUGUUAAGUAUAAAUCCCCAGCAACUUGCUGAUACAGACUUCUUGCAGAAAAAUGAACUGAGAGAAAGGGACUGAAAGUGUUGUGCUUCAAAUUUUAGCCUCAGCAUUGUAUAUAAUGCCAUAAGCAGAGUGAAAGAGAAAUACCUGAGGGCCUGUUCACAUAAAAUGUUUAUAUAUGCAUGCAAGCAGUCUAUUCCUGGGCAACUCCUCACAUAGACAAACAUAAUGUAUUUACUGGAAGCUCAGGGAUAUGACUGGCAGCAAUUUUCAUAGUUGUAGUCUGGCAUGCCACUGUGACCAUCAGAAGAGCAGCCGUAUGUGAGAUUUUCUGUUUCAUAUCUUUAUCCGUGUAAAUUAUUCCCAAAGAAGGUUGAGAACAGUUCAUAUGUUCCCUCAUCAGCGGAAGAUCCAUAUGACCUCUGUUAGCAAAUACUCAGCAAAUACUGUUUCCACAAUAGGGAAACAGACUCAAUAGGGAAAGUGCAGAAAAUAUUCUGGAACAUGAUCACUUCUCUCUGGGGACAGGUAGCAAAACUAACUGAAGGUUAGAAGCAGGUGAUAACCUUUCUCCUCUGCUCAGAGGCUCAUAUUUUCUUUCUGUGCAGGAAAGUUUACAGAUGAUGAGCUGAGUAUUUGCAGACAAAGGUCAAAUGGAUCUUCCACUAUGAGACAACAGAGCACCCUUAUCUUUCAUAACUUCUUAUACCACCCAAAGUAACCCAUGUUUCUUCUCUUUCCUUGAGUUUGAUGACACCUGUCUUUGCCUUACCAUCCUAAAUAUGUGAAAAUGCUCAUUGUACAUUUAGAAUAUAGUUGCCUAGCUUGCCAUGAGUCCACAAUAUUAGGUUAGCCUUGCACAGGUUAUGUAAAUACCUGUAUGUUUAGUGGCCUAAUUGGUCAUGAGGUAGUGGCAAAACUCCAUAGCACAAUCUUUUUUUUCUUGUUGCAAAUCACUUUCAACAUUUUUCCUUUUUUCCCCCUGAAGGCUAGAAGGAACAGCCUGAUAGAGGUCCAUUUCCAGACAUACGUGGAUGAUGCCAGAGCUAUGACAGGGGCUGCAGUCUUGGCACUGAAGGGUGGUGAUCAAUUAUGGAACAGCCAAAGGAGGAAGUACCUGAGAUCAGGGAAGAGGAGGAGGAAGAGGAAGAGGCAGUGACAAUAGGUGGAACUUCAGACCCAAGUGAAGGACCGGAUAAUUCAACACCUUCUGUCAGCUAUACAGAUCUUUCCCAGAGUUCUUCUCCUUCUCUGUCAGACCAACUCCAGAUGGGCUGUGAUGAGGCAGCCUCAGGAAGCCUGAAUGUAGAAUGCAGGGUCUGCGGUGACAAGGCAUCAGGGUUCCACUAUGGAGUGCAUGCAUGUGAGGGUUGUAAGGGCUUCUUUCGUCGAACAAUCCGUAUGAAGUUGGAAUAUGAGAAAUGUGAGCGGAACUGCAAGAUUCAGAAAAAGAACCGAAACAAGUGCCAGUACUGCCGCUUUCAGAAAUGCCUCUCCCUGGGCAUGUCACAUAAUGCCAUUCGUUUUGGCCGCAUGCCAGAAGCUGAAAAAAGAAAGCUAGUGGCAGGACUGACAGCAACUGAGAUCAACUGCCAGAACCAGCAGGUAGCUGACUUGAAAGUUUUAUCCAAGCACAUCUACAAUGCCUACCUGAAAAAUUUCAACAUGACCAAAAAGAAAGCACGAGGCAUCCUGACUGGGAAAGCCAGCAGCACCCCACCUUUUGUGAUUCAUGACAUGGAUACCCUGUGGCAAGCAGAAAAGGGUCUGGUGUGGAAACAGCUGGUAAAUGGGAUACCACCAUACAAGGAGAUAGGUGUCCAUGUUUUUUACCGUUGCCAGUGCACAUCAGUGGAGACUGUGCGGGAGCUCACAGAAUUUGCCAAGAGCAUCCCUAGCUUCAUCAGCCUUUAUCUUAAUGACCAAGUGACUCUGCUGAAAUACGGGGUGCAUGAGGCCAUCUUUACCAUGCUUGCCUCCAUCAUGAACAAAGAUGGACUUCUGGUGGCCAAUGGGAAUGGCUUUGUGACACGUGAGUUCCUGCGUAGCUUGCGCAAGCCCUUCAGUGAAAUCAUGGAGCCCAAAUUUGAGUUUGCUGUGAAGUUCAAUGCCCUGGAGCUGGAUGACAGUGACUUGUCUCUGUUUGUAGCUGCCAUCAUCCUAUGUGGAGAUCGUCCUGGGCUGAUGAAUGUUAAACAGGUAGAAGAGAUUCAGGAUAAUAUCCUCCAGGCCCUUGAGUUCCACCUGCAGACCAACCACCCAGAUACUCAAUACCUCUUCCCUAAGCUGCUGCAGAAAAUGGCUGACUUGCGACAGUUAGUGACUGAGCAUGCACAGCUAGUGCAGAAGAUAAAAAAGACAGAGACAGAGACUUCUCUGCACCCACUCUUGCAGGAAAUCUACAAGGACAUGUACUGAGGAGCUGAUAUUUAUGAGAUAGGUUAAAGCCAUGGAAUCCAGCAAAAUGCUUUGUAUAUUAGCAAAGAAAGCCCCUGUGUCUUCCAUUCCUUCUACUGGAAUUGCUUUUCUAUACAAUUGCUGCAUACUGUACAUAGCCGUAUACAGCAGAAGACUUAGUAUCUACCAUGUGGUAGGGCUUCCAUGAACAUACAUUAAGCAAAACUUAAAGACACAUCAUAAGCUAAAUCUCUGUUGCUUCAGAUCAGCUGUUACACCGUUCCAGAGCAGCUGCUGUGUUUACACACACCUUGCAAAUAUGCUUGAAACAUGGAGUGGAUUGUUUGUUGGACAACAGAGAUUGUGUCCAAACCAUUAAAGCAAGCAGAGGCAUGUCUGGCAGGUACAGGAACAGCACUUACAUCAUAUAUCCAUUGUAUAUUUUUUUAUAUGGCACUCUGAACUUUAGCUUGGCCCUAAAUCAUAAAUUCUUGUUACAAAGAAAGGGCAUGGAUGUGUCUAUAAAUUUCCCAAAGAAACCUCCAAGUAUUUUAUGAAGGGUACGAACACUCCUUCUGAAGACUCUUUGAGGGGAAAGGCCAUUGCUCUUCUCCUCAGUGCACAAAAAAGGAUAUGCCAUCUGCACGAAAGGCCAUACUUCCUGUCGUCCAUAUUGGUUUCUUCCUCCCCCCCCCCCCUCUUUCUGGGCACUCUACAAUGCCAUUUGGUGAAGCUCUUUAUGAAUGCUUGCUAAGUUGUUGAAUGGAGGUAGCUUUUUCCAUGUUCCUUGCACCACUACAAUGCUUGUCAAAUCAUGGAGUUAGGCAUGAAAGGGAUUGGGGUAAGAAUUUGCUCUCAGAUGGCAGCUCCCUAAAGGCCAUUUGCUUCCUUCAGAUUAGAUUUCAUACACUCUGGAGUAUGGAAAAAAGUUUAAGCACUUGAGGGUCCCCUUUAUUUGGGGGCAUAUAAUAUGGAUUCUGAUCUUAAUAGUGCAGUACCGACAACUGUGAAGUCAGGGUGAUUCAAGGAUGUUAGUGAAGACAAUGAUGAUUGUUUUUGUUGUUUUGAUACUCUUUCCCCACCCCUUCCCUGAUUUUCCCCAAAUGUCCUAAGAGAUCCAAAGGAGGAUGUCUGAUAUGUGAACUGCAACUGUGCCUUUCCCGGAAGCCCACCAUACACAAUGCUGUUCUUGCCCAUUGUUUUCCCUACCUUUGCAAUAAAACUGUUAGCAAGGAUCACUGAAUAUGUAAGCAGCAUUUCGUCAUCUGGCCAUCAACAUUCCUUCCCCAGAUAGCCACAACAAUUUAUAUUUCCCAGGGGCUUAGAUCAGGCUAAAAUAUAUUCUUAGCUCCCUCAGCUUCUUGAAUUGGCCCUGCUUCAGUUCUUUAGGAACUUACCCAACAGCUUUUGCAAGUUGAACAUAGGGUUUGGGUUUUUUGUUUUGUUUCUGUUUUUCCAUUUAGUGCAGAAGGAUCUCCAGUUUACCAGUGAGGUCAGUAUGCUAUGAAUAUUUGGACUGUGUGAAACCAUUCUGCCUAGGUGUGGUUGCUGCACUGUGGGACUUUUCUGGUUUAUUUAAGCUAUGAUCAUGUUCCAUAUAUCUCCAGCAUUAAUUACAUCAUAAAAUUAGCAUGAUGCUGGAGAGUGGCCUAAGGGUUUCAAGGUUUAAAUUGUGGUACUUGUUGACGUGGCUGUGUUGCCCAAGGCAAAAUUGGAGACUUGUGUACAUUUACAAAUUAUCUGACAUGGUAUAAGGCAGCUUUUUAUGUUUGGUGUACUGCAUAUUGCACCAUCCAUUUGAUUCAGAUCGUCACUGGCCAUACAAAGGGGUAAAUAAUAAUUAAAACAGCAGCCCCUCUCUCUGAGGCUCUUGAUUCACACUGUUAUCCAUGCAAUACACCAUCUAUGAGGAUGUCCCCUAUAACUUUUUAUGCCUAUAUUACCUGAAGGAGAGGCACGUAUUUCUGAUUUUUCCCCUCCCUCCAGCCAUGCAAAAGAAAGGAAAAGAAUUCUGGAAUACAUUACCUGGACCAGAAUCUGGGUGAAUGACCAGCUGCAUUGCUUUGGGUGUAAAGAUUGCUCUGUGUUGUGGUUACCUUAGAUAAUUAGGUGCCAUAUAGUAGGAAAAAGUAAAAAGUGGCUUCACAAUGGACCAGUGGCUUAACUUCGUGUUUCAUGUUUAAUGCUGUGCAACUAUUCUGGUCCGUAAGAAGAUCAUCUAAUUUUUAACUCAUAAUUUUACAGUUCUCACAGGCCUGGCUUCCUUUAAGUACUCUGCUUAUUAAGUAAGCAAAAAUAUAAAACUACUGCAAUAAAAUGUCCAAUGGGGCAUCCGCAUUGCUAAGUUUGAUUAUAAUUUGCUAUCUUGCUAAUUUGUUACCAGCUCUUUUUCAGCAAACUGAUUGUUCAUAUGGCACAAUCCCUGUAUUUCAGGCUUAUGUUUAACAGCUCACCUGGUAGUCAUAGGCAACCAGGAAUUCCAUGCAGGAGACUGAGAACAAAUUGUUCUGUUCUUUCACCAGUUCACUUGAUGUCUGUGCUGGCUGUAAGAUUCUUCCUCAGUAGGCUCCUUUAGUAGUCUUUGAUUAACAUUAUAAAUGUUAGUCUGUUAAAGGACUAACAGUCUGAUUUCAGUAUUAGCCAUGAAGGAAAGAACUUUCCUUCCGUGUGCAACACAUGAAUCCAAGCUGUAGCAUCCUGGCAGAUAGUAAACUUUUUGCAGGCAAAAAGUUUACUGGGGAAAAGAUUCAGGCAUCAUCUUUAAGCUCUUAUUAUUCUGUUUGACAACAUUUAGGCCUUUUGAUGCAACAUUUAGGCCUUUUGUCUAGUGGUGUGGACAAACAACAGCAAAGACAUUUCUGUUGCUUCUUGCUGUGUCACAAAAAAACUAGGUAGGGAAAAUAUCAGUUAAUUGUGAAAUGAUCAAGAAUGGAGAUCCAUUUGUAACCCAACUUGCCACCUACUUUCAAGAACCCAUAUGCCUAGAACAUGGAGCCCAUUGGAUAGGGGUGGAGCCACUCCUUCCCGCACAACUACACAGCAGUAGCAGCACUUUGAAGAGCUGCCCCAGGUCCCAAAGACCAGUGCCCUGCAGUGCUGCAAAACCAGACUUCUUAAGAAUGAUAAGUGGGAUUUAAAAAAAAAAAAAAUCUUUAGUUUUUGAAAAUGCAGUGAUAAGAUCACAUAAGUGCUCUUAUCUGAGGCAUUUUGGAUCUUAUCUGUGGAAUAUACAAUGCCUACUAUUCUGCCAAUCAAGCUGUUUCUCCAUGGCACAGCACCUGUGUGGUCCCUGAUAUCACUGUUGGUAAGAAACUUGGCAAAUGGUUGCCGUCACUUCCAAUCUCAGGGACCACCAAUGGUUCAGCAGCAACUCCCAUUACAUACUGCUUUUCUUCCUCCACUCCUACAUCCAUAAUGUUUAUGGAAACCUUUGUAGUCUUUGACCACAGAGUAAUCCCAUUCACUAUGUAGACAUGAUAGCUACUAUGUGUACUUGGUUGGAAUUUUGUAUUUUCUUGUUAGUUCACGGGGAAGCAAGGUGCUUAACCUGCAAUCUUCUGCCAGCUCUGCACUGAUGUAACGGUUGGUACUUGACUUUGCUGUGCCUCUUUAAUGGAUAUUCCACCUCUACCUCACAGGACUGGUGUGAGGCUGGUGGAAUGUGCUAGUAAAACAAAUUAAAGUAUUCAUGUAGCAGGAGCCAGAAAAGAUGAGCAAAACUCUGAAAGGAAUGGUUUGUGGUUUUCGCUUUUGAGUGUAUGCCUUGGACCUUCAUCUUCACCCACUGCCCUUGAAGACCUCUAUCCCUGACACCCUCAGGAGAUUCUGAGCAUUUCCAGCACUUGAGGAGUAUACACAUUUUUUCUUUUUUGUGUGUGGGGUGGGAUACUGUAGCAAUCCUCAAAAUGAAAUGUAUAUUUUUGCUAGAAGUUCAAGCUCCAGGUGUUUUUAAUAAUAUCAAUAGUGUCUGACAACUUUAAAUUGGAAUAAAUAUUUAAGAAACUA